AUGCUUCUACUUCUUACAAUUGUUGGAAUAGUGGUCUGCAGGGAAAAUGCAGUGAUUCUGAUUCUCUGUAGGAACAGCGACAAGAAUGGCAUAACAGAAACGAUAAAGAAUUUCGAAGAGGUGUUCAAUAGAAACUUCGGAUAUCCUUAUGUAUUUCUGAACGAUGAGGAGUUUACCGAGGACUUCAAGAAAGCUAUAAAGGAUGUUACAUCUAAUAGUGUUGAGUUUGGAAGACUCGAGCCCGAGGAGUGGGAGAUUCCAAAGUGGAUAGAUAUGGAGAAGGCAAAGGAGGAAAUGAAGAAAAUGGAAGACAGGAAAAUCAUCUAUGGAGGGUCUCUAUCAUACAGGAAGAUGUGCAGGUUCUUUUCUGGAUUCUUCUACAGGAACAAGCUUGUCCAGAAGUAUGACUAUUAUUGGAGGAUAGAGCCAGAUGUAAAGUUCCUGUGCCAGAUAGAGUAUGAUCCGUUCACAUAUCUUCGGGAGAACAACAAACAGUAUGGGUUUGUGAUAUCCUUGGUUGAGUUUAUGGAGACGAUUCCCAGUCUGUUUGGAGAGGUGAUAAAGUUUGCAACACAUAACCUGAACUUGAUCAAAAAGGCCAAUGGAAAUAGAUUCAUACUAAACAAGGACGGGUCAUACAACGGAUGUCAUUUUUGGUCCAACUUUGAAAUAGCAAACUUUGGAUUCUUUAGAAAUGAAACAUACCAGAAGUACUUUGAUUGGUUAGACAAGGCUGGGGGGUUUUUCUACGAAAGAUGGGGUGAUGCGCCUGUGCACAGUAUUGCAGCAUCUCUCUUCCUGGAUAAGGAUCAGAUCCACUUCUUCAGCGACAUUGGGUAUGAGCAUCCUCCAUUCCAGCAUUGUCCAAGAGAGGCGUCCAUGAGAUCGAAAUGCAAGUGCAGUAUUUCGAACUCGUUAGACUUUUCUCCAAAUUCGUGUCUGGGCUUGUACAUAAAGUCUCUUUUGUGA